UGAUAAUAGCAGUAUUUUUCAUACACAAUCCGAGCGUCGAAUACGAAUGUGUAAAUUACCUUUGUGAUAUAGAUUGCUAUUCUCUGUGCAGACAGCAGACACACGCCAAGCUAGAUCAGUUUUAUUAUGGUUUUUAAGAAAUUUUCUGCCUUAAUGGUGUAGCACCCACCACUUUCCACAAUGAGUGAUUCAGUGUUUGAACCUUUGGCUGAGGUUUACCUUGGGUUGGAUGGACACACAGACGAUCAAGAAGUUUUUCUUCUUUGUAGUAGAGUCAUUAUAAGGGGGCAGUCAUUCAAGGAAAGCUCCAUAAAUUCCAAUCAAAAUGCCUCUAGUAAAGAUGAGAGCAUGCAGGAUGAACUUCAGGGAGAGAUCACAGAAUCUAUCGGAAGCCUAUAUGAAAUUCCUGAACCUGCUGAGAUUUUGACUGUUCGGAAGAAACAGAAACCUCAAGAACCUGUCAGUUGCUAUUGUAGUGCAUCUCAUACUGAUAACAAUUACUCAACAGAUGAGCAUGAAAGCAUGCGGGGACAUGUGCCCGCAGUUCUACAUGGAAGUGACAGUGGUGCUGAUUUAUCAGAGUGUGGAGGUCACUCUUCCAUCACUACAGAUGUAGAUUGGGAACGUUAUUGGACUGUUAACGGCGAAAGACUCAUUUGGGAGAGCUGGAUUUCAAAGUAUGGAAAUUACAUCAAUCCUGAUUACCUGGCUACAAUUGAGGGCCAACAGGCACCUGUAGUUUCAGAAGAUACAAACGCUAAUGAUGGUUGUAGUACAGAAGACCAAGGUGUUGACCCAUCUACAUGUCAUUCAUUCCAAGGGUUAUUUCCAUCAGCCAAGAAGAGUGACACUGAACCAAGCUACAGCCUCCAGUCCAGUACCUUCCAGCCUACAGAUCCAUCUCUUCUCCCAAGACGUCAUCAUUCCUUCGGCCAGGACACACCCAGGCCAAAAUGUGGCUCUCGAAACAGUAUGGCAAUGAGUGAGGGCCAUCAAGCACUAAAUGAUGAACCAUUCCCUGUAGAUGCGGGUGCCCUUGGUGCAGUGUCUGCUAAUAUGGGAGAAGGCUGGUGCCCUCUUUCUCCUGAUUUGACUGAUAUGAACCAUUCAAACAGCAGAAAUAGUGAAGAUGAACUCCUGUUAUAUAGUGGUCACAAUUCAAAUGGUGCAGAUUCGUUGAAUGGAAGUCUUGCAAAGUCAACCGUUACCACUGACUCAAUGACUAAUGUUACUCGCAUUACAAUGUCCUCUCUUGACUUCAGUUGUGACAUGGAAGAAUCUGUGAAAAGUAGCUCCUUGACAUCCUCUGAGAACACAUCGAGUCACAGUUCAUACAAUAGUUCUGAAUGUGAUGCUGAUCUGUAUUGGCAGCAACUGUGGAAACAGCACUUUAAUGAGCAAUACUAUGCACACUACAAUGCAUUUGUUGCCUCUCACAAAGAUGACUAUGAUGAAAUUAUGGAAGAUCAAUCUUCCACUGUCAACAAUCCUUCGCUUGAAGUACCCACUACCUCUGCCCAAUCCAACAUACUGCCGCAGCCCAUAGAAGAGGAAGAUAGCAGCCAUGAUGAGAGCAAUGGGGACCUUGAUAAUGGUCUAUGCAGACCUGACAGACCAGAGUAUUUGUUGAGUGGUGAUGACGAUAAUGCCAAGGAUGGCUCAGACUUCAGCAAAGGAAGUUGUAUGAAGAACUCAGGAAAUUCAUUGAAGCAGAAGAGGAAGAGAGCUUCAAAAGGAAAAGGAAAACCACUGAGCAGAAACAGCAGAAUUAUACACUCAGUUGGACUUCUUCUACAAAGCCUCAAAGUCUCUGAGCCUUCUCCAGCCACUAAUCAAACUAUGGAUUCCAUAAAUCCAAAUCAAUGUGAACCCAUAAUGUCUCCUUCUAGAAGUGAAACAAAUACAGAAUCCACUAAAGGUUCAGUUUCUGAUAAAAAUGGAGCUUCUACUUCUGAGGCUAAUGAAUGUGCGUCUACUGCCACACCUUCAGUUCAGGAAUCGCACAAUGGUGGGACAGGGGGUCAUGGUGGUGAUGGUGAAGAACCUCAUGAACACCGAUCUGUUAACUUGAAAAGGAGCCAUGAGCGAGAUCCUGAUGAGGCAGGCCUUGACAAAGCUCGAGCUGCUUUCAACCUCAUGGGCUAUGUUUUUUCUGUAAAGCGAAGAGCGUCUGAAGACAAUGGAUCAUCCAAGCCAAUUAUUAAGUCAGCAUCAGUCAACUAUAUGAAACGAAAUAUUCGUAACCAGAAUCGUCACCUUCAAAUAUUUAUGACCUCUAAUCCUGUCAACUCACACAUUUAUUUUGAUGAUGAUGGUGUUGCAUUACCUAGCACUGUAAGUUUAGAAGAAAACAAGGAACAAUUAGAUUCUGCUGAAGAUGGAAGUUCUUGCUUACAUGGUUAUCAUUCAAGUUCGGAUGAAGAAGUUACAAUGAAACAAGUUUUGCCUCGACCAAAACGCCUCAGCUGCUCUGAUGUUAAAAGGGUUUCAUCCUGUUGUUGUGAGGAAGAGACCUUAAGUCAAAAUGAAGGCUUGAGCAAGUCACCUCUGAAACAACAUAACCAACCCUCAAUUCCUGAGGAUAUCAACAAGCACAAGAAUGCUGAUCAAUCCAAGGGUACUGAUGGAGAACACAUAGAUAGCUCUGACGAGUUCUGUGAGGAUGACUUGAUGUCAGACAUUCCAUCGCUAAAUGUGGUACAGGAGCAAUUGAAGGAUGGAUGUGAAAAAGGAAACAUUCCCAGUCCUUCAGGUGAUGAGAAACUUCAGGGAUUAUCAUGUGUCUUGAGUGUGGACAAAGUGGAUGAUGGAAGCAAAAGCAAGUCUAAAAAGAAGAAAAAGAAACAGAAGCGUACCCUCAUGAAGGCAAAUCUCCCAAAUGAAAUCAAAACCAAUCCUCAACUUCUGAAGUACUGGUAUCGCCGCUUCCAACUGUUUCACAAAUUUGAUGAAGGUGUUAAACUUGAUGCUGAGAGCUGGUUUUCUGUCACACCUGAAGAACUAGCAAAGCAUACUGCUGAGAGAUUACGUUGUGACCUUAUUAUUGAUGCUUUUUGUGGUGCUGGAGGAAAUGCUAUUCAGUUUGCAUUUACAUGUGAAAGAGUUAUUGCAAUUGACAUAGAUCCCAUAAAGCUGGAAAUGGCAAGGCACAAUGCGGAAGUGUAUGGGGUAGCAGAUCGCAUUGAGUUUAUCUGUGGGGAUUUUGUAAAGCUCAGUCCUUCUUUACAUGCUGAUGUUGUUUUUCUGAGUCCACCAUGGGGAGGACCAGAAUACUUGCGUGCUGGUGUUUUUGAUCUGGAGUCAUGCAUGGCUCCUCUUGGAGGGUCUAAUCUAUAUAAUAUAGCAAAGGGCAUAACUGAAAAUGUUGCUAUGUACUUGCCAAGAAACAUCAACACAGAUCAACUUGCCAUUCUUGCAGGGCCUGGAGGCCAGGUUGAAAUAGAGCAAAAUUUCCUCGAUAAAAAGCUAGUUGCUGUCACAGCGUACUACGGUGAAGUUAUUUAUGAAUCUGAAUAUUAACUUAUCUUCUCACUUCCAAUGCGUUUGUGUUCUCUGUGUUUGAUGUAUUUUAUUUUUACUACACUUUUUAGUUACAUAUUGCACAUGUUUCAAAAUGUGUGAAAUCCCUUUUGUUAGAGAAUAUUUCUCUCCACAUUAUAUCACUUUCUGUGUCAGUCAGUAGGCUAUUUUAAGGAACUCAAUUUAGAAUUAGAAUAUGUUAAUGAUGACAUGCAUGCUUUCAGCAUGUUCAGAAUCAAAUAAGCCUCCUUUUUCCUCAAUUGAGCAGCAUUUGAGGGAGUUUUUGUUUUACAAUCAUGGGAAUAUAAUUGUUUCAUUCCUUGUUUAAGCAAUGUGACCUUACAUUUAAUUAUUCAAGCCGAGCUUUUUUAAAAAAAAUGAAUAGGUCCUUUUCUGUUGUUUGAUUUUAAAUUUUAUUUUAUGUUUUUCCAUUUUUUACACAUGGAGUUGAUAUGCCGCUGUGUGUUUGCUCAUCAAAAUGAAAAAAAAAAUGAUGCUUUCAGUAUGUUUUGUCUUUCAAUGGUUGAUAUGAGACAGGUUAAAUAAUAAUUCCAUGGAGGAUGUAAUAUAAAUUUGCAGAACUAGUUUUAAAAGUAGUGGUUUCCUUUCCUUUUCUUGCAUUCUGCCCUAAAACUGUAAUGGUGAGAUCUAACUUUUGCAAAUUGCAUGCAAAAUCCUUCCUCCAAUCUAGCAGCCCAGUUGCUGAUAGUGUUUCCCAUGAUAUACAAGAGAGUGAAAGGCUGAAGGAUUGUGACCAUAUGCAUGCUUCAUUUUUGCUAUAUAUUGAACACUCUGACCAUUCCUUUUGAAAUGUUUGUUUGUUCAAGUCCCUAAUUGCAUUUUUAUCACUGUCGUAAUAUAUUAAAUGAAAAUUCCCUGAUUUUUCUCCUUGCAAAACAAAACUGAACUUCUUUUCCCCUACUAUUUCCAUAAUCGCACUGUUGUGAUAUCCUAUUAUAACUGCCAUUUUACAAUGAAACAAUGACUCACUAUUGUGAGUCUCUGAAAUGAUUAUAUCUUGAUUAUAGCAAAUCAACAAGCUAGACUCACUGUAAUGAGGUAUAAUCGGGUAUAAUGAAUUGUCAAACCCAAGAUUAUCCCACUACCCUUAAUAAUAUUCAUUAGUCAGUUUCUAGGCUGUGUGAAGACUGUCCUGGGUGUACUGAGAGAGGAUUGGUGUGGGCACAGGGCACCACUACCACCUCCAAUUCUAGCAAAUUGCUCUUUUCCAGGUAGGGCUGGCUAAAAAUCUCUGCAUAUUACUUAAAUUGUUUGAAACUUCUUUUUUUUUUAAUACAUGUAAAGUUUGGAUGUAUGAUUGAAAUGAUUUGCUAAAAUGGUAUGAAGUAGUGCUUCAGGAACAUGGAAAACGCGUGCAUGGAAUUUAAAGAGUGGAGUACUGGUUUAAUCCAUUCCCGUGGACCUAAGUCUAGAUAAAAAUGGAUGUAGGCUUGGUACUGUAAAGACUGCCUUGUAUGCAGUUUUUUUUGUUAUUGUUUUUCUUUUUCUAAUUAGUGAAUUACUUCAAAAACCCUGAAUUUGUUAGCUCUAAUAGCAAACUGCAGAAAUAAACUUAAUAACAUA